AUGGACCCCCUCUCCCUGCUCACUCGCACAUAUGUAAAUCGUGUUCCUUCGUGCAAUAUUCACAAGGUUAUUGUUGCUAUUGCAAGUUCGUCAAUGUUGUCGCUUCCCCGCAAGAGGCCUGAAGUUCGAAUAAGGAGGAAUAAGGUGGAAAUUACAGGCCUGGACACAGCACAAUAUCUCUUAGCAGAGAUUGUUGUAAGCGGUGGAGGUUUGUCAAAAACGGCCGAAGGUAUCGCUUACGUCAAUGACGGAGACAUUCCUGCGCAGAUUCCAAGCAGCUUGAACACCGCAAUCAGAACAAUUGCAAGAGAAGAUAACAUCACUAUUGCCGCCCCGGAUGUAGGAAAGUAUGUAAAUUUCUACAUGAAAAGAUACUAUAGCAAGGAGGGUAGGUGGAACAACCUGCAAGGAUUCGAAGCAGACGAAGAGCAGACCGAAGUGCAAAGAGCGGUGGAGCCAAGAAGCAGUGCAGUAGUUGAGAAUAUGCAAAUGGAUACCAAUACAGCGCCCAUCGCUGGUGAAGGCUACAACACACCGUCCAAACAGACAACUUCCACAUCUCCUCAAAAAGCAUCGAGCGGCUCCUGUUACACACCACAAAAACUGUCCGGAUACGAGAGUGAAGAUCAGCUUCUCAAAGAAACCGAUUUGGAGCUACUGGAUAAGUACUUCGUGGUGCAAGGAAGGAAGCUCCUAGAGCUGUUUUUCCUCACUCGAUGCGACUGUGAGAUUAGUGAAACCGGGGUUCGCCUGUCGAUAAACGGUUCCACUCCCAUCAUUCAAUACGUCACCAAGGGCAUAAAGCCACAAAUCAAGAGAUGGGAAGGGCAGGAAAAGAUCAGCCCAGGUCGUAUCGACAAGCUCUACACCGGCAACGCGUUGGCGUGUAUCGCGGCUACAACUACGGGAGUCCGCAUGAAUAAGUUGCGGCAGUGGGCUUCAGAAAUGGGGCUAGUCCUAUCAUCUAUGUCCACGUACAAAGAUCGGUUUGAAGAAGUAACGCCGUGCAUCGCGGCCGUCUACGAAAGGCACCCGAACCGCAUCAUUGAUGAGAUAAGGGCGGUCUACCAGAACGAUCCGUGGGAUAUUGCCGUAGACGGCGCGUAUGACUCGAGAGGCCACAGUGCAGAGCUUUGCAAGGUACUGGCUGUGGAUCUCAGGACCAAACUCUGCAUACACACGGAAGUCCUAGAACGCUCAGAGACAGAUAACAUCAGUCAAAGAAUGGAAAAGGAGGGCUUCCGCAGAAUGCUGCGGUGGUUCAAGUCAAGGGAAAUACCCAUCCGUUCGGUAGCAACCGACCGCAGCGCAGUGUUUGGGAAGGAGAUCAAGUCGUACAAGAAUGAAUAUGGGGAGACCAUCGAGUGGAAGCUGGAUAGGUGGCAUCUGGCCAGAUACCUCGACAAAAAUCUUCACGCGGUAAGCAACCGGGAUCUGUCGACAAAAACCAAUCAUUCGAAUCAAGGUUGCGAAGAGAAGGGUCUACAUGGUGAUCAAGGACUGGAUAAGAGCCAUAAAAAACACUUAUAUUAUGCCGUUGAACAAGGAGCGCUUGCCGGUGAUGGCAACUACGCAAAGUACUUGUUCAAUAGUUGCCUAAAUCACGUGGCCGACAAACACGAAUGGGAUGAGGCUGACAUCACCGGGCCCAUUAGGAGAUGUUCCCACGACGCGCUUGAAGUUGAUGGAGAAGGUAGGAAGCCCAUAAUACCCUUGGGAAGCCCAGCCCACGAAAAACUGCGCGAGAUUCUACUCAACCGGGUCUUCCAAAAGGAUAUCGAACCGCCGCAAACCUACUACCUCUAUGUGUCGAUGUCGACUAUGCAUCUAAACGCGUUGACAGAGGCAGAGUUGAAAGGGGAAAGGGUAGUUGAAAGGCGCGACAGAAUCCGUCGGAAGUUCAACGAGUAUGACACUGAGCUCCGGCACAAAACCCCUGUGGAACAUUUAUGGAGAAAAGAAAUCUUUAUCUCGUUCGUCACUCGCCGUUCACGCAAGGGGAGAGAUCCUGAAGAGACUGACCCGGCGGAUGAGACACCAGAGUAG